GAAGCGUCGAUUUGUGCGUGGAAGGUUGUUUUAAAAAAAAAGGCAAAUGGCCGCCGUGGCGCGACAGUGUAUUCGUGUUGUCUCUUUCCUCUUAAUCCGCAAGCAAGUAUUGCGGCAUGUAAAAGCUUUGUGAAAUUCGUUACAACCAUGUGCAUAGAAAUGUGAGUUUUAAUGAAAAUAUAAUUUUCUUUUUUGUUGUCCGGCGAUUGGUAUCGUCGUUAAUAACGUUACGGUGAUGAAAUCAGUGUCCGAAGGCAAGCUGGGCGUGGAAGAGGUUAAAUUUGGUUCUGAUUUGAAAACCCGGGAUGUAACAUCACGUUUUAAACGAACAUUUACCCUGCCAGGAAAUAUUAUCCAAAGAAUGUCAAAAAGACGACAAAAACCAGUUCGUGAUUUAAAGGAAAACAAUUUUAAUUACAAGGAAAAUUGUAGGAACAAUAUGCAAGAGGAACAGCGAACACAAAAUCUCCAGCAGCAGCAACAGCAGCAGGUUCAUGGUGUUCCAAGGUCACAUACAAAUUAUAAUAAUCCAGAGAGAAAUGGUCCAAAGAAACCAUUUCGUAGGCGUUCUAUAAAGAAAAUAUUUUGUAAAUUGUACGUUAAUUUUGUGAACAAAGAACAUAAAUCUUUAUAUAGAAAUGAACUUAGCUCAAGUGCAAGUGAUCUUAGGGUGCCACCGCCGAGACUUCCUCAAAUACCAUCUGAUCGUGUUCCUGGUGUAACUGGUCUUAGAAAUCAUGGUAACACGUGUUUUAUGAAUGCUGUACUUCAAUGUCUAUCACAUACGGAUAUUCUUGCGGAAUAUUUUGUAUUGGAUCGUUAUAAGGAUGAUCUUUCAAAAAAGACGAAAAAUUCAAAAAAAUAUGGUACCAAGGGUGAAAUAACGGAACAAUUGGCAUUAUUAUUGAAAGCAAUAUGGACCUGUCAAUAUGAUCCCGAAAUGAGUACUGCAUUCAAGAGUGUCGUCGAUAAAUACGGAAGUCAAUAUAGAGGAAAUUUACAGCACGAUGCCCAGGAAUUUUUACUUUGGUUACUGGAUAAAGUUCACGAGGAUCUUAAUACUGGUAGCACGAACAAGUACAAAAUCAUGAAGAGUUCGUAUGGAAAGCCGGACAACGUCGUCGCCCAGGAAACAUUAAACAAUCAUGUACGAUGCAACAGUUCUUUUGUUCAUAAACUUUUUCAAGCACAAUUUUGCUCGAGUUUAACAUGUCCAAAGUGUAAAAAGCAAUCGAACACGUUCGAUCCAUUCCUCUGUGUGUCGGUACCAGUGCCGCAGAAUCAUCGGCAAAUUAAUCUUUUUGUCAAUGUUUUGUACACUUCACAACAACCACGGCAAGUGAGAAUUGGCGUUAGCGUCAAUCAAGCAGCAAAUGUCAAGGAACUUAGAGAAAUGCUCGCCAGCGAUACUGGAAUCGACGAAAAUCAUAUGCUUCUCACUGAGGUCUACGACGAAGGCUUUCACAGGACCUUCUCGGAUUGUCAACCAUUGUCAGUAAUAACGGAGAACGAUCCUCUUUAUUGUGUUGAAUUGCCCCAAUUGAAGGAACCAACCGAGCAGGCCUACAUCCUCCUAGUCUGGAUUAAUGUUCUGGUGAAGGGAAAUUUACGUGAACGAUUUGGAAGUCCUUACACGAUGCAAAUAUCCCGCGAGACAUCCUACGAGGAUCUGCAAAAACUUUUAUUAAAAGAAAUGCAUGCAACACUCGCUGACGAUGUUCUAACUUCAAGUCAAAAUCCAGGUUUGUUUGAUAUUCGUGUCGCCGAUCCGGUUGCAACGCCAGCACAGGACGAACAUCCCUGCAUUGAUCCAUGCGUUGAACAUCCAUUAUACACGGAACAAAUUGAACAAGCAUUGGCACUUUGUGCCGACGAUUCCGGUCCACAGCAUGUGAAAUUAAUUCUCGAAUGGAACGAGGCAACAAAAUCGAAUAUCAUACAAGACGAUAGCGAUCAAAUUGAGGAGCACGCGAGUGUUAAACAAUUGAAAACAAAUUCGGAAUUUGGCGAAAAUUCCGUGACACUUGAGGAGUGCUUUGAUUUUUACACGAGGGAAGAAACACUCGGCGCUGAGGACGCAUGGUAUUGUCCGUCGUGUAAUCGUAAGCAGGAAGUUGUGAAAAAACUCGGUCUAUGGACAUUGCCGCAUAUUCUCGUGAUACAUUUAAAGAGAUUUCGUCAACAAUCAAAGCAACGUUCCACGGCAAAAUUGACAAUGUUGGUUGAUUUUCCACUUUACGGUUGCGAUAUGACGCCGCAUUUGGCGAACAGUGAUAAUCCAACGAAUUACACGACACUCGAGACAACUGGCUGGGCAUCGUGGAAAAAAGCGACACGACCAAGACAGAGGCAAAAUUUUUCCAAAUACAUUGACGAUAAUGUUUAUGAUUUGUACGCAAUUUGCAAUCAUCAUGGACAGGAUCUUCAGGGUGGACAUUAUACUGCAUUCUGUAGAAAUCCAUAUGACACACAAUGGUAUUGUUUCGAUGACACGCGAGUUGAGCCAUUAACUGAAUCUGAAUUGGUUACAAAUUCGGCGUACAUGCUUUUUUAUCAGAAACGUGGACCGAAUAAUAAUUCAACUGGCAAUUCAUCGGCUGCAUCGACAAGUUCGGCGGGCUCUGGACUCGAUCAUUGGGUCUCAAGAAUGCCGCCGUUCUAUUACAAUAAUAGAAAUAGUUGUAAUGCACCGAAUAGCAAUAAACAGAGCAAGUCACAAGAGAUUUUGUGCCAAGAGAAAAUCGUUAAGGAAAAGAACUUGAAUAAUUUUAAUAGGGGCUGCAGGAAUUAUGCGACUUUACAACCGCAGAAGAAAAAUGUUGGAACGGAAACCGAUUGUGGUGAGGUUGAUCAUUAUUCAGAUGUUGAGGCACCCACGAAUUAUCCAUCGAGAAGAGAUUGGGCAUCACCGAAACCAGUGAGAAGAACGUCAUCAAUCACCUUAAUUCCUCAUAUACCGCAGGCAAUAAUUCAAAAUGCCAACAAUGAUCCGGACACAACAGUGAUACAUGAAUCAACAUUGUAACACACAAUUUAAGCCAGACUUGAUUGUCUGGCCUAUUGAGCAUGGCUCAACGAGUGCCUAGAAACUGGCGUUUCCGUUAAGUCUGAACUCAACGUAAAAAGUAGAGAAGAAAAAGACAAUUCAACAUCCCCUAAGCCACAUUUUUUUUCUUAUCAAAAACAGAGAGAAAGAAAGAAAGAAAGAAAGAAAGAAAGAGAGAGAGAGAAAGCAUCGAUAUAUUUGUAACUUGACUAGAUUUUCAAUCCCUCCUCCCUUAAAAAAAAUAAUUCAAACUUAAAAUUUAUAUAAUUAUUAACUAAUGCAGCAGAUAAAAAAUCUAAUUACAACGAGAGAUCUCAAAAAAAAAAAAAAUGUUAACUUCUCUUUUUCGAAUUCUAUUUCUAUAAAUGCGCCAAAAUAGAAAUAAUUUUUUCGUGUAAAAAAUGAAACAAGUUCGAGGCAUUAGUGAAUUUCAUAUUUAUAGAACAUUUGUACGGAUUGCGUGAAUUGCUUAAAAUGAAAAGGUAGUUAUAUUAAAGUUUAAGAGUGUGAUGAAAUCUUUAUAUCUGAUAAUAGAUACACUGUAAACCUAUAAAUUGGCCCCGAAAAAACUAACUUGUCAAUGUAAAUUGUCGUUUUGCAGAAGGUCCCAAAGAAAAAAUUCUUAAUUUUAAUUUUUUUGUUUUGUUUUAAAUAGAUUCAUUAAUUAUGAAGAAUUAUUAUAAUAAUUGUUAUAAAUAAUUAGUAUCCUUGAUUAAUUGCAUUUUAAAAUAUUUUUUAUUUUAUUUAUUUUUUUUUUACUUUUAUCACUCUGAUAAUAUUAAAAACCUUGACAAUAAGAAAUUUUUUUUUUAAUUUUAAUCUCGAAUGACAAUUUUUUUUGCUUUGAAUGCUCAAAUCAUUCUGCAGGACACUGUAAAUUGACAUUUACUUUUUUGAAUUGUAAUUCGCUUAGAUUGUAAUAUUUAUAUUGUAUUUGUAUUACCCACUAGUGGCCUUACAAUAAUCAAUAUCGAUACAUCAGUAAUUCAAUAUUCACAUUUGUAUAAAACAAGAAAAAUAUUUACUAUUUUUACUUUGAGCAUUUUUUUUCGAUUGUUUGUUUUUUUUCUAAUGCGUCUUUAAAAAUAGAGUUUGUGAAAAAUACGUCACACGAGAGUCACUGAAUCUUGAAAAUUGGGAAUUAAUUUUUUUUUUUAAAUCUAAAAAUGUAACUUCCACUUUUUCAAAUGUUCUUCCAGUUGUAUUUUAAAGACUUGAUUAAUUUUUUUUUCUUCGUUUUUAAUUAUAAAUAUCAAGAGAUUAAGACUUUCUUGGUACAGUGACUUUUUUUCUUGUGACUCAAAGGGUACCAAUAUAUUUUUUUUUGUAUUUUAUUAUUAAAAAUACUCUAAUCUCCCAAUUUUAAUCAUCAUUCCAUGAAAAUGUUUUCAAAUGAAGUUAGAGAGGAAAAAAUAAAAUGAGAGGGGGAGAAAGUGAGCGAGUAAGAGUAUUAAAUUUAUAAAUGAAAAAGUGAGAAGAUUUAUAUAGAAAAAAGUAUAUAUAUAUAAAUAUAUAUGUACAUUGCGUAUAUAUAUACACAAUAUAAAAGUAUAAAACACAAGUGAGUGUCGAAGAUAUUUAAGUUAUUUUAAAAAUAAUGUUUACAACUAGUCACACGAUUCGUGGACAGGGGUAGAAAAUUAUAAGUGAUUUAAAA